AGAGUUCAUCAGCAGAGCUCAGAGGUUCUCAGUGGUCAGUCUGUCCAGCAGCAUCAAACACAGCUGGACUCCAUAUUUAUGCUGCUGGAGGAGAACAUCAGCAGGUUUGUGAAGAACGAGCUGAAGAAGAUGCAGAAGGCUCUGAGUCCAGAUUACCCAGAAUGCUUAGAGAGUCAGAGUGAGGAUGAGGAGGUGUUGGACGGUGAGGAGGAAGAGCAGAGGAGAAGCAGCAGAGAGGCAUUUCUGAAGAUCACAGUGCACUUCCUGAGGAGAAUGAAGCAGGAGGAGCUGGCUGAGCGUCUGCAGAGCAGAACUCCUGCUGAAAAGUGUCAACGUGAACUCAAGUCUAACCUGGAGAAGAAGUUCCAGUGUCUGUUUGAGGGGAUCGCUAAAGCAGGAAACCCAACCCUUCUGAAUGAGAUCUACACACCGCUCUACAUCACAGAGGGAGGGACUGCAGAGGUCAAUGAUGAACAUGAGGUCAGACAGAUUGAAACAGCAUCCAGGAAACCAGACAGACCAGAAACAACAAUCAGACAUGAAGACAUCUUUAAAGCCUCACCUGGAAGAGAUGAACCAAUCAGAACAGUGAUGACAAAGGGAGUGGCUGGCAUUGGGAAAACAGUCUUAACACAGAAGUUCACUCUGGACUGGGCUGAAGACAAAGCCAACCAGGACAUACACUUCACAUUUCCAUUCACUUUUAGAGAGCUGAAUGGGCUGAAAGAGAAAAACUACAGUUUGGUGGAACUUGUUCAUCACUUCUUUACUGAAACCAAAGAAGCAGGAAUCUGCAGGUUUGAAGAGUUCCAGGUUGUGUUCAUCUUUGACGGUCUGGAUGAGUGUCGACUUCCUCUGGACUUCCACAACACUGAGAUCCUGACUGAUGUUACAGAGUCCACCUCAGUGGAUGUGCUGCUGACAAACCUCAUCAGGGGGAAACUGCUUCCCUCUGCUCGCCUCUGGAUAACCACACGACCUGCAGCAGCCAAUCAGAUCCCUCCUGAGUGUGUCAGCAUGGUGACAGAGGUCAGAGGGUUCACUGACCCACAGAAGGAGAAGUACUUCAGCAGGAGAUUGAUAGAUGAGGAGCAAACCAGAACCAUCAUCUCCCACAUCAAGACAUCACGAAGCCUCCACAUCAUGUGCCACAUCCCAGUCUUCUGCUGGAUCACUGCUACAGUUCUGGAGGAUGUGUUGAAAAGAAGAAAGAGAAGAGAGCUGCCCAAGACCUUGACUGAGAUGUACAUCCACUUCCUGGUGCUUCAGUCCAAACUGAAGAACGUCAAGUAUGAUGGAGGAGCUGAGACAGAUCCACACUGGAGUCCAGAGAGCAGGAAGAUGAUUGAGUCUCUGGGAAAACUGGCUUUUGAGCAGCUGCAGAAAGGCAACCUGAUCUUCUAUGAAUCAGACCUGACAGAGUGUGGCAUCGAUAUCAGAGCAGCCUCAGUGUACUCAGGAGUGUUCACACAGGUCUUUAUAGAGGAGAGAGGGCUGUACCAGGACAAGGUGUUCUGCUUCGUCCAUCUGAGUGUUCAGGAGUUUCUGGCUGCUCUUCAUGUCCAUCUGACAUUCAUCAACUCUGGAGUCAAUCUGCUGACAGAACAACAAACAACAUCUCAGGCACAUUUCUACCAGAGUGCUGUGGACGAGGCCCUAAAGAGUCCAAAUGGACACCUGGACUUGUUCCUCCGCUUCCUCCUGGGUCUUUCACUGCAGACCAAUCAGACUCUCCUACAAGGUCUGCUGACACAGACAGGAAGUAGCUCACAGACCAAUCAGGAAACAGUCGAACACAUCAAGAAGAAGAUCAGUGAGAGUCUGUCUGCAGAGAGAAGCAUCAAUCUGUUCCACUGUCUGAACGAACUGAAUGAUUGUUCUCUAGUGGAGGAGAUCCAACAGUACCUGAGAUCAGGAAGUCUCUCCACAGAUAAACUGUCUCCUGCUCAGUGGUCAGCUCUGGUCUUCAUCUUACUGUCAUCAGAAAAAGAUCUGGACGUGUUUGACCUGAAGAAAUACUCUGCUUCAGAGGAGGCUCUUCUGAGGCUGCUGCCAGUGGUCAAAGCUUCACAUAAAGCUCUGUUGAGUGGCUGUCACCUCUCAGAGGGAAGCUGUGCAGCUCUGUCCUCAGUUCUCAGCUCCCAGUCCUCUAGUCUGAGAGAUCUGGACCUGAGUAACAACAACCUGCAGGAUUCAGGAGUGAAGCAGCUUUCUACUGGACUGGAGAGUCCAAACUGUGGACUGGAAACUCUCAGUCUGUCAGGAUGUCUAGUCACAGAGGAAGGCUGUGCUUCUCUGGCCUCAGCUCUGAGCUACAACCCCUCCCAUCUGAGAGAGCUGGACCUGAGCUACAAUCAUCCAGGAGACUCAGGAGAGAAGUUACUGUCUGCUGGACUGGAGGAUCCACACUGGAGACUGGACACUCUCCGGGUGGACCAUGGUGGAGAGCAGUGGUUAAAACCUGGUCUGAAGAAGUAUUUCUGUGAACUCACACUGGACACAAACACAGUAAACAGAUUCCUCAAACUGUCUGACAACAACAGGAAGGUGACAUACGUGAAGGAGGUUCAGUCAUAUCCUGAUCAUCCAGACAGAUUUGACCCCAUGGCUCAGCUGCUGUGUAGUAAUGGUCUGACUGGUCGCUGUUACUGGGAGGUCGAGUGGAGAGGAAGAGUUAUUAUAUCAGUGAGUUACAGAAGAAUCAGCAGGAAAGGAGACGGUGAAGACUGUUUGUUUGGAUGGAACGAUCAGUCCUGGAUUCUGUACUGCUCUAAUGAAGAUGGUUACUCUGUCUGGCACAAUAAGAGACAAACAUCCAUCUCUUCCUCCUCCUCCUCCUCCUCCUCCUCCUCCUCUGUCUCUAACAGAGUAGCAGUGUAUGUGGACUGUCCUGCUGGCACUCUGUCCUUCUACAGAGUCUCCUCUGACACACUGAUCCGCCUCCACACCUUCAACACCACAUUCACUGAACCUCUGUAUGCUGGGUUUGGGUUCUGGUUUGGGUCAUCUGGUUCCUCAGUGUCUCUGUGUCCUCUGUCUGAGGGAGAGUCUCCUCCUAUUCUUCCACCUCUGGUCACAUUUGCAUUUGAUCAACAAUUCAAGAAGUCAGCUGAGAACAAUGAUGUGUUUUUCAAGGUACGUCCUCUCUAUGAUGCCAUACGCAGUAGCUGCUUGGAGCUUCCACCAGAGGAGAACUUUUGUGUUGAUGAACAAAUGGUGCCAUUUCGCAGAACUCUGCCUGCCAAGCAAUUCAUCAAAGGCAAGCCACAUCCAUGGGGGGUGAAAAUAUACUUCCUGUGUGGGAAAAUUGACAUGGCCGACGACUUCCUGAUGCACCAAGGCACUACAAUGGAGCUAUCACAAGAGCACAGGAAGCAGCUAGGACUUGGAGCUGGAGUGGUAUACCAUCUUAGCCAACGAAUCACCGAGGCCAACUACAAGUUGUAUUUUGACAAUUAUUUCACAACAUACAAUCUUCUGGAGCUGCUAGCUGAGAGGAAAAUUCAUGCCGCUGGGACAGCAAGGGUCUCUCACUUUGCCAGGCCUCCUCUACAGUCUGACAAAGAGAUGGCCAAAAGACAUGAUGGUAAGGUGGCACUGGUCAAAUGUUGGUUGAGGUACAGGCUGGAUGCCAAGAGGGCCAAUAUCCAGACCAAAGUCAUCCAGGAUCUCCUCCACUUCAAGAUGAAUGUGGCCCAGUGUCUGGAGAAGCAGCACAGACCAGACUCUGCUGGACCUGAACCUGAUCCUGGACCUGGACCUAGACCUGAACCUGAACCCAGCUGUGUGUCCGUGAUGAGUGACGGGUCUAUGGAUGAUCAGUGGGUGCACCAUGGUGGAGAGCACAGGUUAAAAGAAGAGCUGAUAAUGCAUUUCUGUGAACUCACACUGGACACAAACACAGCACACAGAUACCUCAAACUGUCUGACAACAACAAGAAGGUGACAUAUGUGGAUGACAAGCAGUCAGAUCAUUGUCACCCAGAGAGAUUUGACCACUGGGUUCAGCUGCUGUGUAAUAAUGGUCUGACUGGUCGCUGUUACUGGGAGGUUGAGUGGAGAGGAAGCGUUUAUAUAUCAGUGAGUUACAGAGGAAUCAACAGGAAAGGAAAGAGUAGUGACUGUUUGUUUGGAUGGAACAAUCAGUCCUGGAGUCUGAGCUGCUCUGAUGAUGAUGGUUACUCUGUCCGUCACAAUAAGACUAAAACAUCCAUCUCCUCCUCCUCUGUCUCUAACAGAGUAGCAGUGUAUAUGGACUGUUCUGCUGGCACUCUGUCCUUCUACAGUCUCUCCUCUGACACACUGAUCCACCUCCACACCUUCAACACCACAUUCACUGAACCUCUGUAUCCUGGAUUUGGGUUUAGGUCUGGUUCCUCAGUGUCUCUGUAUCCUCUGUCUGAGUGAGAGUCUCCUCCUGUGGAGACAAACAGUCACACUGCUGACUGAAGACAGCUGCUGAAAUCACUGUUCACUCUGUUCACCAGUGAACAAUAGAAACAGGAAGUGACAGCAGCUUCCUGUGUUUAAAUGUUGAUGGUGGACGAGGUUUCACUCUGGUUUCAUUUGGAUCACUGACUGUGCUUUAAUGUCAGAAUAUAGUUUCUAUUAGAAGUAGUGAAAUGAUCUCCUCUGGACUGAAUUGAUGUGUAAAAACUGUGUUGACUCUGAUA